AAUGAAAUCAAUGAUGAAAAUUUUAUUUCAGAAACGAAAACAGGAAAAAUUAAAAAUGAAAAAACGUGGUGUAUAAAUGGCCAAGGACAAUUAUCAAACAACAAACGAUGACUAGGAUCUCUUUGUUCACACAAUUAAUGGUAUUAAUUCAAUUUUUUUUUAAUUUCAUUUUCAAUAUUCAAUUAGCAAUCAUGUUGAUCACAUUUGUGCACAUGUCCGUAUCUUUAUCACGAUCUGAUUGUGUGUGUGUGUGUGAUGCAAAGACAAUAAUAUGAUUCUGUUUCGUGUCUUGUCGAUGAAUAGAUCGAUGGAUGGUAUCAUCGGUAUUUUGUGCAGAUGAUUUUUUUUUUCAUUCAUUCAAAUUCAUCAAAAUAAAGGGACUGUAACCAUCAUCAAAUAUAUAAAAAUUUCUACUUUCAAUUUCAAAUUCAUUCAUUUUUCUGGUGUUGUAUGUGUUCGACGACCAUCAUUGAAGAUUAUUGAAUGAUUGAAAGAAAAAAAUGUUGAAAUUAAUAUUGAUAUUUUUGAUUGGAAUUGCGUAUGCAACACAAACUCGUAUUAAAAUCGGAUCAAAAUCAUGGGCAUAUCAGAUUGAUCUGAAUCAUGGUCAACAAAUACGUAAUGAAUUUAGCAAUGAAGAUGGCGUUACCAGUGGAUUUUAUCUAUUUCGAAAUGAACAAAAUCAAACUAAAAAGCUACAAUAUACAAUCGACCCAAAUCGUAAUCAACCAGAUGUUGAAUUCGAUGUCAUCAAUAUUGCCAAUAAUGAUGAAAUGAUGGCCGAUCAUAAUCAAUCAGGAUGUGUGAGGCCAAAUGCAAAUUUGACAUUUGAUUCAAUUGAUAGCAAUGAAGAUUUCAAAGGACAUGUCACAUUGAAAGUUGGUAAUGCAACUUAUAGUAUAAAUUUUGCAACCGGUGAUAAAAGCAAUUCUCGUGAAGAGAUACUCACACCAACGGGAUUGCUAUAUGGUCGUUAUAAUUUUAUGCCAAAAAAUAGCCAAAACAAAAUAGUGAUAAAUUACAAAUUCAAUUCAACAUCAGUGGAUCCAACAUUCGAAGUAUCAUUAUUUAAAUCAUCCGAAUUGGAAACGAUAAGCCGUGAUUAUCAUCCUCGUGAACGAGAUUAUUAUCACCACAACAAUAUUAAUUAUAAUCCAAAUCGGGCACCAUAUCAAAGAGGAUACUUACCAGCAACAUCAUCAUCAUCAUCAUCAUCAGGAACAUCAGCAGCAGCAGUAGCAGGUGUUUUAUCAUCAUCACAUCGUGCAGCUAUAGCCCGUGCACAAGAACAAGCACGACAAGCAGCUUUGGCUGAAAAAUAUCGAAAUAAUAAAAAUCCACAAUUCCAAUACCAUGAUUCAUUAUCAACAACAAUUCCAAGCUGGUAUUAUAAUCGAAGCAAAUCCAACGAGCCAUGAAACAUUCAAUAAAGAGUUAACAAAAUGUUAGUUUCAGACACAUUUUACGAUAUGUUUCAGCCAAUAAAUCAAUAUGAAAACAUGAUUUCCGUAUAUAAUCAUAUCGACUAUUUGAAUUCCAAUCUUUACGUAACCAUUCCAACUGUUCUAUAUUUGUUGCAAAUAAAAUUUCAUUUACAUCUUCA